UCCUCAUCUAGUGAUGCCCCAAUCAAAGAAAGUUUGGAGGAUCUACUAAUAUCCAGUGUUAAACAAGAUUUGUAUAUAUAGACAUAAGAGUUUCUGUUCUCUGAUGAAAGCAUUGUAUCGACACCAAAUGGACUUCAGCAGUGUUAAGGCCGCAUUACUAUCUCUGAUGAUCUGUGAUCUUCUUUGGAUUAGCUGCAUCGAAGCAAAACGAUGGCGUCUGACGGAGGAAGAAGACGCAAAAUUAGAGACACAAUUGAAGAUCCUCAACAAACCCUAUGUUAAAUCCUUUAAGGUUGCAAACGGGGAUAUUAUUGAUUGUGUUGACAUCUAUAAACAACCGGCUUUUGAUCAUCCUCUCUUAAAAAAUCACACGCUUCAGCUGCGACCAAGUUCAGCUAUUAAGAAUGCGGUCAGUGGACCGUCAGGAAAAGGAAAGCAUGAGCUUGGCGUAAAGGAAAGUUGCCCAGAAGGGUAUGUUCCUAUAAGGCGUACUCGGAAAGAAGACUUGAUAAGAGCAAAAAAGUAUGCUCAACACCUUCAACUUAAAAGAUCAAAUCAUGUACAGUCAAACAGCCGUGCCGGAAAUCAUUAUGCGAUCUUCGGCUGGUUUGGCGAUUCGCUGAGGUUCUACGGUGCAGAGGCUCUUAUGGAUGUGUACAAUCUUCCAGGGGUCUUAGAUGAUCAAUCAUCCUCGGCACAAAUAAUCCUUGAGAAAGGAGAUGGUGGUCCUGAGGAUUACAUAAACACCAUCCAAGUUGGAUGGAAUGUAGACUACAAACUCAAUGGUGAUAACCUUACUCGUUUCUUCGUUUAUUGGACUUCAGAUGGUUAUCAGAAGACAGGUUGCAACAAUCAACUGUGCCCGGGAUAUGUACAAGUCAGUCAGAAAUUUUUCCCAGGCAAUAUUCUUCAGCCAGGGCGAGGAGCUAUCAGACUAAGAGUUCUGAGAGAUCCAUCAAAUUUAAAUUGGUACGUGCUGACUUCAGAUGAAACAGUAGGGUAUUUUCCGAAGGAAAUCUUCAACAACAUGGCAGAUUCCAACCAAAUCGAGAUGGGCGGAAUCGUCCACACGCCGCCGAGCGAGCUUUCGAGCCCGCCCAUGGGCAACGGCGCUUAUCCUGACAGAUGGAGAAGCGCUUGCGAGUUCAAACAAAUUGGCUUCUUCGAUGGAUCCGCGAACAGCCAUCCACCGACUACUACUGCUUACCACUAUCACGAUGCCCCAUCUCUGUACGGUCUCUCUACGCCCAAGAACUUCGGCGGCGACGACGGAUACACGUUCCAAUUUGGAGGACCAGGAGGAGUCCUUCAACCUCCGUUAUGAAUAGCUAUGCAUGCUGCUUUUAUAUGCUUAACUUCAUCAAUAAUAAUACCCUUUGUUAGAAGGUUAUGAUGAGUUGGAACGUAAACUCAGUUCUCAAAUAAGAGACUCGUUGUGUUGAAUUGCUUGUCUAUUACAUAUCUACCAUAAUCAAGAAACAUGAGGUCCGUGUCAUUCUCCGCUUCA